UUGUUGUAUUUCGCGGGAGCAGCAAUAAGACUGCGCGCUCAGACACAAGUCUGAUUAAAAGUUCACUCAUUUCUAAAACAAAAUGAGUUUGUGGGUUGAUAAGUACAGACCAACGUCUCUGGCGAAGCUGGACUAUCAUAAAGAACAAGCAAAUCAGCUCAAAAGUCUGGUACAAUGUGGUGAUUUCCCGCACCUGCUUGUUUAUGGUCCAUCAGGUGCUGGCAAAAAGACCCGAAUUAUGUGUCUCCUCCGUGAGCUGUAUGGUGCUGGGGUGGAGAAGCUCCGGAUUGAACACCAGUCCAUUGUAGCUCCAUCUAAAAAAAAGAUUGAAAUCAACACAAUUGCAAGUAACUACCAUUUGGAGGUGAAUCCAAGUGAUGCAGGAAACAGUGACCGUGUCGUCAUCCAAGAGCUAAUCAAAACAGUGGCUCAGUCACAGCAGAUACAAUCCAGCACACAGAGAGAGUUCAAAGUGGUUCUUCUGACGGAGGUGGACCGGCUCACCAAAGACGCGCAACAUGCCCUGCGCCGUACCAUGGAGAAAUACAUGGGCACCUGUCGCCUCAUCCUGUGCUGCAACUCCACCUCUAAAGUGAUCUCUCCCAUCAGGAGCAGGUGCCUGGCUGUAAGAGUGCCACUGCCAAGCACUGAGGAGGUGUGCAGUGUUAUGAUGAGCGUGUGCAAAAAGGAAGGGCUUAUUCUCCCACCUGAGCUGGCCAAACGGAUCGCCGAGAAGUCAGGUCGCAACCUUCGCAAAGCUCUUCUCAUGUGUGAGGCCUGUCGAGUGCAACAGUAUCCUUUUUCUGCAGAUCAGGACAUCCCUGAAACAGACUGGGAAGUGUACCUCAGAGAGACGGCUAACGCCAUCGUCAAUCAGCAGAGCCCACAAAGACUUUUGGAGGUUCGGGCAAGACUUUAUGAACUAUUAACUCACUGUAUUCCAGCAGAAAUCAUCAUGAAGGGGCUUGUGUGUGAGCUGCUCAGUAACUGUGAUGGCCAUCUAAAACCUGAGGUGGCACAAAUGGCAGCCUACUAUGAACACAGACUACAGUUGGGCAGCAAAGCCAUUUACCACCUGGAGGCCUUCGUGGCAAAGUUCAUGGCCAUCUAUAAGCAGUUUAUGGAGGAUGGACUCGACAACUUCAUGUUCUGAUUUCUCUCUGUCAUCUUUCUAUAUUUUUGUUUUGGCUCUAAAAUAUCUGCAGGUUUUCUUUGUAUUAAACACAUUUAUUAAGAUUU